GCUGAGCGAAAGAAAAAGUUAUCGCAUUCAACAAAGUUGUUUACAAGCUUUGUCCGAAAGCUGUUUUGUAUCCCCAAAGUGGAUGGUAUCACUGGACAUUCAGUUCUACAUGGAUAUCAUCUUCUACAUCGUUUCCACGUCAUUUGUGCAGAUAUAGUAUUUGUUUCUGCCGUCAAAAAACCCGAGAUAUUCGCUGGAGGUCGGGGUCCUUUGCGCAAAGGUUGUGCUCGUUCGAGCCCCGAUUCCUGAUAAGACAAAAUUAUCUUUUCCACAUUUUAUAUUUAUUUCUUUGUCGAGGAAAUAUGUCCCAACAGAUUGGUGUAACUGUGCCAGAUUCGGAGACUUUGAGCUCUGAAAAGUCCAAACGCUUUACGGUAAGUAAGCUACAAAUUGUUUUCCCCUAAUUGAAUUUCGCUUUAUGAGCUUCGCUAUAACCGUUCUGUUGGAAGUAUUUCCUUGUUGUGUUUGCUUUGGUGUUGGAAGUGAUAGCGUUGUCAGAUUAGGACGAAAAACAAGAUAAUCCCGCUGUUUACAAGUUUUUUCUAUUCAUGGAUUAAUUUAGGUCGUCUUCUUUAAUACUGCCAAUAGCUCGCUAUAUAUGUUCACGUAUACUCUCGUUUUCUGCAGAAAAUAAAUUAUUUCUUAUUAAAGUGUAUCUCAAAAACAACUGGUGCAUGUCUGGAAAUCGACUUCGCGAUCACCGAUCUGCUUGGAUUUAUCGCGCCUCAAAUUGUUCUUGCUAUGUUUAUUCAAACGGUACAGUUAAUCUCAAAAAUGCAUGUAUUUUGCUUAUUUUAUGCCUGUAUAAACCACAAACGUUUGCUUUAUAUGGUUGACAAGGUUUUUUAGAGGUAAAUAAAUUGUACUCGAUUGAAAUUUACUCGUUACGAAUCAAGCUUUUUAUCUCAAUAUUGCAAAAAAAUAAAGUAAACAACAGAAAUAAAAUAAUGUUGAAAAAUGGACUUUUGUGGUAGGUGUAUAUUGAGGCUCAAUAAUUCUCCAGGAUGAUUUCUGUCGUUUCUGAAGCCUUUCACUGGUGGCAAAAAAUUGUGUGGCCUCUAUCAACAGAGUUUAUUACAGUCGUAAAAUUUAAUACGUGCCCACACGCCUCUAACCAAAUUUAAAAUUUUACUUGCUUACGGUGGAACCUUGAUAUAACAAAGGGUCAGUGGACUGACAAAAAUUAAUAUGUUUGGUAUAAGGAGGUUUCAUUAUAUUGAGGUUCUUUUCCUUUUUAUCUACUUUACUGGGGCGAGGAAUAUCAUUCAUUGUACCAAGGACUUUGUUUUAUAGAUGUUCUUUAAAUCAAGGUUCCCUUGUACUGAAUUACUGUAUCUCUUAUUACGAAGGUUUACAAAGUUCUUGUCAACCUCCCAGAUGGCAGAAGUUACUUCAUUUUUCGAAGAUACAAUGAAUUCUAUAAUUUGUAUGAAAAGGUAGGUGGAUUACACUUGAACCAAUUUCCUUGCAGGUUGGGUGCAUUACAUUUUCUAAAAAUUUUUGUUACAGAAUUUAUAUACAAGGCUUUUCUUGUGUAAAGGGAUUCUUUGCAAUGUAGGUAUUCUAGAGGUCAGUCUCAUCAUCAUCAUCAUCAAAUAUCAUAUAUCAUCAAAUUCAUCUUGAUUAGUCCUGGACUAACGAGCUAGGGCAUAACCUACACAGGAGGUCUAUGAACCUUCUUUGAAACCUGCCCAUGGAUUACUAGUGACCUACAUCAAUUUUCUCCUAACAUUUUCCAUACACCUUAAAAAGGAAAGGUUAGGAAAAUUAAUAAAAUAAUCACCAAGUACGAAAUACUUUAAUCCUUCAAGCAAAUAUGGAGAAUUUGCAUGUGGGUACUGGUGCUUCAAGGGUUAAUUUUGGAAAAAAAAGAAAGAAAAAGGCAAAGUGCGAUCUGGGUAGUGACACAUCAUCAGUAUGGAAUUUCUGCGCUUGUUGUCCAGACGUCAUUUCACGUGGAAACCAGGGGCGGCGUCGCAAAAUGUUGGCUGUUUUUUCAGGCUAGAUUCAUUGGAGCUUGACUUAACACUAAAAAAUCUUUUUAUUAUUUUCAGAUGAAGAAGGUAUAUCCUGACAUGAACAUCAAGUUACCAGGAAAACGUCGACUUGGAAACAACUUUGAUCCUGGUAUGUAUUUCCUAUUAAAGCCUCAUAAAAUGAAAUAUUUUGGAGAGGAAAUGAGACAAAUGCAGAAAUAAGCCUCUGUAUGGGUGUUUCUGACAAAAUGGAAGUCGACAAUCACCAUUGAUGAAGGGACAAUCUAAGAGCUUAAAGCAAUGAUCGCAUUGCUAUUUGUGGAAGUUGGUGCAUUUCCAAGUUUCACAAUGGGGUGGCAAGGAAACCUUCCAAAGAUUGUGCUGCACAAUAUGAUAUGUGAGGAUUUCACCUGAAAAACCAAUGAUUUGAUGGAAAAUGUGAGAGUGUGAAAGAAUUGAUGUCUGCAGGCACCCUAACAGAGGCUUGGAAAUAGUACACAGUAACAACCAGCUUGUUAUCCUGUUGUCUUGAAAACUCUAGGCACUGUACAAAAAAUUAUAGAAGAAUUUCAAAAUAUUUUGUACAGCCCAUCUAUAGUCAUUUUAUCAAGAUGUGGUUUUAAAAUAAUCCUUCCUGGCAAUAUAAAAAUUUAGGGCAGUGAUAGUAAUGAUAUUAUUUGUAAGUUUAACAUGUUCAUCCAAUUGUUUCAUCAGAAUUUAUAAAGAUGAGGCGAGAAGGACUAAAUGAGUUUACAAGCAAGAUUAUCAGCCACCCUGAUGCAAUUGAACAGUGAGUACCACAUUUAUUUGAUUAAAUGCCACCCUUGAAUAAACGCCACCCUCGAAUAAACGAUGAUGUGGAGUUUAUUCCAAUAAUAGACUCAAAAAGCAGAUGCAGUCAUAAUCAAGUUUGAGCAAGCCUUAAAAAAGUUAUUUUCCUUGAUAAUUUGUAACAAUGUGACAAUUAAGAUCAAUACAUUAAAAGCUCAAAGGAAUAUAAUUCACUUUAUUCACUUUAUGUACUGCAGUAGUAUUACACCUAAAUUGUGAAAUUUAGAACGAUAUAGAAAAUGAUUUUUCAGACAAGCACUAAAGCAUGUUUCUGUUUUUAAAAAUUCAAAUUUUCAGUUACCAUACUAUUGUUUGAAAGAAACAAAUUGGAUUUUAAAUAAACGCCGGCCUGAAAUAAACAUCGCACUUGAAUCACAAAAAAUUUAAUGUAUGCCGUGGUGUUUAAUUGAAUAACACAGUAUUAGCGAUUUAACAGAGAUUCACUUAUAAUACAUCAUGCAGCUACCAUAAACGUUUAAAAUCUCACUGAUGUUUGGUAUUCUCUCUUUAGUCCUGAUGUGCGUCUGUUUUUGUCACUGGAUAAUCCAAAGAAUGCUCACAUUAAUGGUGACACAGAGCAGUUUGGAGCUGAUGAGACUGAUUCACUGGUAUUUUCAAUUUAUUGUUAUUCUGGAAAAUAUGUAGAUAAAAGACACCUCCCUUCGAGGAUGUUCACUGAAGUUCCCAUCAUACCUUAUCUUCUUGUCGUAUACUUUUUAAACAAGAAGAUGAUUUAUUUAUACUAUCAAACUAGAAAUCAAUAACUUACAGACAAAAACAACAACAACAGACCAAAGAUACAGUGGUAAUAAAGUAGCUCAUUUCUUCUAAAGCAACUUUGGGGCUAUGAGAAGACUUUCAAGGUUGUAGAGUGAAACCUAAAGUGAGUGGACAUCUAUGCAGGGCUCUCGUUAAGGGCUGGAGGCCAAAGAUUUCAAUAGAACUGUAAGCAUGACCCACACUUACUUUCAUAGUCCUAAAACCAAUUUGAAAAAUAACAGAACGAGCAAUACUUCUUAGUUGUUCCAUUCUCCACUUACUUAUUAUUGCAUAUACCCAGCAAAUUGAAAUCUUGUUGUCAGCCCUGUUGUGUCCAUGGGACCUCUUGCCCUCAAUGUCCCACUCACCAACAUGGGUUCAUUUUAUAGAACCUACUGGAAGAAUGAGUUUCAGGACUUGUUGAUGUUCAUGUCUGCUGAAUUAAGAGUGUCUGUCAGUCUGCUUAAUAUUAAAGGUUUCACUGUUUUAAAAUGUGAUAACCUAUUUUGUGUUUGUUAGCCAUUUUGAAGGGAUUGGAAAAUGAACGUUUACAUAUAGCACUAGAUAUUUGUCAGCAUGGGUAGAUUUACCCUCUGGCUUGGAGCAUCCAAAUUGAUACCCAUUUUUCUAAAACUGUUUGAAACAUUGUCCAUAAAACACAAUGUGAUCUCUUCCAUAACUAAAGCACUCAAAUUCAAGAAAAUCCAUAUAAUAUAUUGUGAUAUAAAACUUUUUUUUCUAUUCUAUUGUUAGGCUAAGGAUUUGAACAGAAUUGAUCUAGGAGAUUCGUAUAAUCAAAAGUGAGUAAAGGGCAACAGAAUAAUACUUGGUAUUAUGGUACUGGUCAGUUCCAUUUACAAUGAACUCUUGGUAGUUUAUUACAACAUACCUCUAUCAAAUAUUAAUGUCAUGUCUCCCAGCUUAUCCAGGAAUCUUUCUGAUAUGGGACAAAUCUCCUUGUUUACCCCAUGGGUCACCAUGCAAGUCUUGCAGGAAAAAUAAUAGACUUUUGAUCAUUUGUUUGCUUUUAAUUAGUUUUUGAUUUAGCCCAAAUUUCCCAAACAUUAAUUUUAACUCCUUCACUUCCAGAAUGAAUAAUGUAGUCUUGUUAGGUAUCUCUCACUUUUGACUUUGUUAACCCAUUCAAAUGAAACCUCUUGGGCAACUUAACUUCACUUAUUUGAUUAUAUACUAGCAUUAUUUUUACAAAAAUAUGAAAGUUGGAGGUUAUUUUUAAUUUUGACCUAUUCUUUGGGAGUGAAAGGGUUGAAAAAACAAUAAAUCAAAGUAUGAUUUUCAAUUAUGCAUUUCAUCACUGAUAAAAUUAUAUUGUUAUAUCAUCAUUAUGGGUGUAACUAUGGAAGCCACUGGUUGAUAUUCUGGUCUGAGCCACACCCAAAUUAUGACUUGAUGACUGGGGUUGGGGGGCCAAUUUGUGGGUAUUAUGGUAGGGUCAGUUGAUAUUGAGUGGAAGUACUACCAAAGAAACAGUCUCCAGAUUUCAAAUCUCCAGAGUUUUCAACUCCCUAGUAUAGGGAAUGAUAUUCUCAGCUGUAAAAUAAAAUCUAAGGGAUCAGGCUGAAUUAAAGGAUUGUAUUCAGAGCGAAGUGCAAUCAUUGUUCAGUUGUAUACAUGAAAGCAAAUGCUCACAAGUGGAAAUGCUUGAGGAGCUGUAUACUACGAUUGGUUAAUAUUAUUGAAGUCAUUUCCAAAACUCAGUCAACAUGUACUUUUAAUAUUUUACCAUUCACAGAGCCAAGCCAAGUGAUUUCCUCUUCCUUAAAGUGAUUGGCAAAGGAAGUUUUGGCAAGGUAAAACUGUCCAGAUUAACUUUUGAAAUAAUUUUUCUCUAAAUGUUCAAAUGCUUUGAUCUUUGGAUGUGUUCUUAAAUUUGUCCACUAAAAUUCACACUACAGUGGGAAUACAGCUGUAUAGUGAAUGAUUUGGCAGCCUUUUAAUCAGGAAUCACCUAAAAUGCAUUUUCUGCAUGCAUAUGCAUGUUUGAUGCCCUGUUAUAAUUUUUCUCUGGCAGUUUUGAAAAGCUAGAGGAUGAUUUAAGUAAAGGAUUAAGUGAAAGUUAAGCCAGUCAUUUGAUGAAGAAAGUAAAAAUGACGCUAAAAUUUCAAAUUCAAAUUAUGCCGAAUUAAAAAAAUUGAAAUCCUUGAGUAGUUGUGAUCUAAGGUGAGUGAAAUCUCUUAGGCUGCUGACCAUUAUUUCGGUCCUCCCAAAUCACUCCUCCUCGAGACUCUAACAAUGGUAAGAAGGGAAUGUCGUGUGAAUACGAUGAGCAGCCAUUUUUUUAGGAGAUGUGUUGUGUGAUGCCCGAAAUAAAAGCUUUGUAGGAGCCUAAAACAUGUUUAGUGUUGCAAGGUCUAUUUGUCUUUUCUUUAACUUAAUAUUUUGCACCUGUUUUGGUAUUUUUUUAGGUCUUCCUUGCAAAGAACAAACAGGAAGACCAGUUCUAUGCCAUCAAGGUUCUCAAUAAAGCAGCAAUAAGAAAACGAAAUGAGGUCUGUAAUUUAUGGUCAUAACAAAAUGAAAAGAAUUAACAAACUUACCAGUUAUUAUUUCAAACCAUUAUUGUUUAUUUUGUAAAUUUGUUUUUGGUGUGCAGAAUUUGAUAGGAAAAUAUUAUUCUGUUUCUAUGAUGUUUAGAUAUUUUUUAUGCAGUUGCUAAUAACUUACCAAUUAUUAUUUCAAACCGUUAUUGUUUAUUUUGUAGAUUUGUUUUUGGUGUGCAGAAUUUGAUAGGAAAAUAUUAUUCUGUUUCUAUGAUGUUUAGAUAUUUUUUAUAGACUUGUGAUAUUUAAGAUUUUUUUGUUUCAUUACAGUCCUUUCACUCCUAAACAUUACAUGUAGAUGUAACAAGAAUUUUUUUCCCUUAUGGAUCAAUGUCAUUGUGUUUAUGUACUUUUUUAGCAAAUAUGUGUCAAAUAACAAGUAAUUUGAUCAAUUUCUGUUUUGAGACUUACAAGGUGUUGUGGCUCAUUAUUUUAUUAUUAUUUAGUCUUCUAUUCUCUCCAUGUUUCCUGCAGGCAAAGCAUAUUAUGGCUGAAAGAAAUGUGUUGUUGAUGAAUGUCAAGCACCCUUUUCUAGUGGUAAGACUUGUUUAUUUUCAACUCAUCAUUAUUCAAGAAGUUCAUUUUUGUUGUCAUCCAUGGUGCUUUUAGUUUGAAAUUUUGGGGCAGAUUUGUUAAAAACAAUAUUUGCAGAAGGAUCAGUGAGUUCAUUUUUUAAGUUGUCUUACCAGACAGUCACUGUUUUAAAUGAAGAUGAUUUCAACACUGCUAUGUGUCCUGCCCAUACCCACUAGCCUUUGUGUUUUACCUGCUAAAGUAAUUAAAGUAAAUUUAACUUUCUUAAUUAGCAUUUUUUAAUUUUUAGGGAUUACAUUAUUCAUUUCAAACCAGGGACAAACUCUACUUUGUCUUGGAUUAUGUAAAUGGCGGAGAGGUAAAGGAUGUUGGUUAUUAAAUUGUUUUUUAUAACUUGAUAUAAAUAUUGUCCAUUCAAUUAUCAGAGGAAGAAUUUCUGGCAAGGUAUGCUGCUCCAAGUUUGAUUGAGAUCUGAACACAAGUUCAUAUUGAUGCAAAGACGAAUUCUUCUGUACAGCCAUCUUUUCAAUAAUAACCAUCAUUACAUGAUUAGUGUCUUUCGACUCACAGCCACCAUUCUGAUCAUUUUUGAUUUCUACUUUUUUUGUUAGUUGUUCUUUCAUUUACAAAAAGAGAGAUACUUUCCUGAAGCAAGGUCAGUGGAAUAUAUCUUAUUCAGGUGGCCAGUGCUCUAAAAAAAAGCUAUUAAUGCUGGUUUUGGAUUUUUUCAAAUUUGCAUGUGUAUCAAGGUCUAUCAACGCCUUUCCUUUUACAUCAAGAGAACGGUAGCUUGCUCUUGGCAUUGUCAAGUUCUAAAGCGCGCCGAUUUUCUUCUUCCCUUUACCCCGGUCACUAAUCCCUGUAGACUUGCUACAAGUCGACCUCUUGGCGAGCGGAGCGAGCCUUUUUUGGCUGCGAAGCGCCCGACCGCGAUCGACGAAGUCUUCGUCCCGCGCCAUAUGAAAUCCGACGAAGGACUUUUUUGAAAGUCUAUAAUCCCUGCUACGAGGGCUUAGUUUUCACAAAGGAAACGUUCAACUUCUUUUGUACUCGGCAUGGAGUUAUGUAUGAACUUGAAACUUUCAAAAAGGUUCGAGAAGUCUGAACACCUUUCUCGUGUUUUUCUUUUCUUUUCUUCUUAAAAAACUGAAGAGUGCACUCAGUGACAGUUACAAUUCUCUUAGCCCGCAGAACACGCGUCUUUUUUUUUUCGCGUUUUUUAGGCGAGCGAAGGCAAGCGUCAUGGGGGAAGGCAGGGAAAAAACAACGCCUGCAAAACAGGCGCUGUUGUUUUGCCUUUUUCAGGCAAGCACGAAGCGGGCGUGCAGGGCGAGACGCGCUCGCGCUCCGCGCCGCCGGCUUUGUGCUCGCCUGAUAAACGCGAAUACUCAGCGUUUGUUCUGCAGGCUACCAUUCCCUUAUUAAAUAAAGCAUGCCCAUGUGACAGACAGUGCGUAUCAUAAUUAUUAUAACUUUUUCAUAAUCAGGUGCAUUAGUCUAUCUCACCAAUCACCUCGUUCGUAUUUUCUAACCUAUUAUCUAGUAAUCUUUCAUGGUAGAAUUGAAUGCUAUGUGUCUAUUUUUACUUUGUUAUUUAUUUUAUUUAUCCAUUUUUUUUCUAGGGCGAGAUUCUAUGCGGCAGAAAUAGCAUCAGCAAUUGGGUACCUUCAUUCUCUUCAAAUAAUUUACAGGUGAGGGAAGUUUUUUUGUGUAAUUAUUUGGUUACUUCUUUUCUAUUUUCCUCUUUAAUUUGAAACUUCUUUUUGUCUUCUUACAGAGAUUUGAAACCAGAAAAUAUUCUUCUAGAUGGCAGGGUAAGUGGUGUGUUUUCUUUUUAUGCAUGCAAUAACCCUCCAUAUUAGGUCAGUCGAACUCACCCUUAGCUCUGCCGUGCCCUUUUAAACAACAGAAUUUCCGCUUUUGAAUUUUGAAUCCAUUUUGCUGGCUGGUUUUUGCAUAAACCAGGAAAAAGUGCAAGGAUAUUAAUAUAAGUUCAUUGAGCCGCAUUUUGGACAGCCAACAGGUGCUACGUUACCCUGGCUCCAGAUGUCCGUUUCUCAAAAUAUCCAGGAUAAAAUGAACUGGGUUUCGGGUUUGAGAGAGCUUCCGAAACGGUUUUUUAUCGGUGCGUUGCGCUUCUUUUUUUUUUUGCCUGGAUUAAGGAGAAGGGAAAAACAGCUCUGUCACCCAGGAUAGUGCAACGUUUUACCGCGAAUAGGAGCUACUUGGGCUCCUUCGGGGGUGGGGGAGGGCUGCUCUCCUCGCGCUUUGUAGCUCUCUUUUCGUCCUCAUUCCAGAGUAAUUAGACACUAGCAGCCAAGAUCAUACAAACCUAGUGAAGGUAGACCACUUCAGAAAAAUGUCUGACCAAAAGUUGAAGAAAGACUAGUUUAUAACUUCGUUGAAGACAACACGAUCCAUUUUCUACUAGCCUGCGAGCGAGCUCUCCUAUUUGGGCGAGUGAAGCGAGUCUCGCGAGAAUGCGCGAGCGAGCGGCGAAGCCGCGAGGGGCAGGGGCGUUUUCGCGAGGUUCUCGCGCGUUCUCGCGAGGCUCACUUCGCUUGCCCAAAUAGGAGAGCUUGCUCACAGGCUACAUGUGUCAAUUUUUUACAGGGUCAUGUAGUUUUAACGGACUUUGGUCUCUGUAAAGAAGGAAUAGAACCCUCUGGAACUACAUCGACAUUCUGCGGCACACCAGAGGUACGAUAAUCUAAGAUAACUGAGGCGCUAUGAACUCCAUUCAUAGCUCCCCAGUAAGAGUAAUAGCCUAGCAACGGUUUCAGCAGUGGUGAAAAGGUGGGGGAGGGGAGGGGGGAUAAAGGAAAAAAGGCGCAACCCUCGUUUUCAGGACGUCUUCAUGGAAAACGGGAGGCUGAUAUGGCGACCGCAAAUCAGCGAACACAUCUGGAUUUCACUUUCGCGAUAAAAAUGCUUUCUUGUUGCUUGUGAGCUAUUGUACAUGCUCAUAAACACAUUUUUUACUGUUUGAAAUGUUUAAACUGAAAAUCAUAGGGAGGGAGCUUUUUUUCACCAGACAUCUUUGCCAAAGACACCAUUGCAGUGUCAGACACUGUGAAAAUUCGGUAAUUCAAGAUGCUGUAUUUUCAAAAUGAAAGACGCUACGGGGCGAGAAAUGUCUAUAAUGAUUUAUUUCUCGGUAACCGUCAACCAGGUGUCGAUAAAAGUUCAGGAGACCUCGCUAUUUUGAUUUUAGAGUUCGAUGACGUCGUGGUGAAAACACUCUUUUCACCUCCAAAACAUUGUUAUGUUAGCGUUAAGGAACAUCACACGAGAUUUUGCGGCUAGCUAUUCACUUGUGUGAUUUUAACGAGAAAAAUUUGAGUACUAAAUAUCUUCUCUAGUCAAACAUGUUUUCCAGUGUCUUCGAUGCUUAGGUUAACUCUGUGUUUUUGUAUUCAGUACUUAGCUCCAGAAGUUCUUCGGAAACAAGAAUACGACAAAACAGUGGAUUGGUGGUGUCUGGGUGCUGUCUUAUACGAAAUGAUGUAUGGUUUGGUAAGAACGAUUUUGCACUGCUUCAAACUACUUACUGAUUAAAUAUCAAAGCACCACUUAGACUCGGUUACUGAAGCAACCUUGCUGAUCGCAAGUUGACUCAGAAAGUGAACAACAUUUUAUUUCUCCUUAUAGUAACACUGAUAAAAAAAUGACUAGAAACGCGCAAAAAGGAUAAAACGGUCCCUACUAAGCUACUCACUGGUACAAACAUGGGAAAUUACAGAUGUUGUGGAUGGAAACAGCGACUGCAAGGGCUGUAUCAUUGCUAAAGCCGCAAAUCUGUACCCUAAGACUUGAAGCUAGAAUGAAGCUUUGAAGCUAGAACCGCGGUACAUGUAUACGAAGGAGUUUUAGUGGUAAAAGAGACCUUUUAUAUAUGCAGUCGCAUAGUGUUUAUGUUGUGGUUAAAUUUCCUUAAUUCAAUUUUUCCUAUGGUAAUUCUAGAUAAUGACUGUAAAACAAAGGUAAAUUAAAGUCGGAUCAAGGAGAGGAUAUAACUCAAACUGGACCGCAACAUUUAUUUAAAAGGGACCAGAGGGGUUAUUUCAUAUUUCUCAAACAGGUACACCGUUCAAAAAGUUAAGCAAAGCAUCUAAAUUAUUAUAUGUAUUACUUUCUUUGUUUUAGCCGCCUUUUUAUAGUCGGGAUACAGCAGAAAUGUAUGAAAAUAUCCUCCACAAACCUCUUCGUCUUCGGACCAACAUAUCAGCUAGUGCAAGAAAUGUUCUUGAAAGUGUAAGUUUUGUUUUUAUCAUUUUUUAGACUAGGAGAAUGUGCUUAGAAACAAAGCGUAUAUCUGUUUAAAACCACGAUGGGUAACAUGCUCUUCUUUCUUUUUUCUACUAUUUCACAGCUUCUUCAAAAAGACCGCUCAAAGAGACUCGGAGUCGGAGAAAACGGCUUUGUAAGUUUUAAUCAGCAAUAGGCCAAUUCCGAGUUCCCCCGCGCCUCUGUAUCAAAACGAGGUUAAGUGUUCAGCCUUUGAUGUGGAAAUGCUUUUUCAUUCUCAUGCAAAUUAAACACAUUUUCACAAGAAAAGUUGUGCACUUGGCCUCAUUUUGAAAGUGAGGGUUUUUGGAACUCGGAAGUGGCCUUUUAUUUUUCGUAAUUAUGUCAUUUAAUAUCCUAGUAGUAUUUGCAUCUUGCAUCUGCUGCUGUUUUGUGUUUAUACUACCUGUUCGAGCAGUGGGUUUUUAAAACCAAACUUGUCAUAUCUUCGUUCGUUCGCUUGCCUUUCACGCAGACAUCCUUAGGUGCCCAUCACGCUUUCCUUUGUGGCUAGGCGAGGAACGCGCGACAAAGCCCAAUGAACUUUAGCCUGCGUGGCAGGCGUUCGAAAGGGAAGGGAUAGGGGAUUUCAAGCAGGCUAAUUAUUAAAGAACUUUUGUGUGGGAGGCUAUUCCUUCGAGGUGCCGGCAACAUCAUUAAACAGAUGUGAUUGGUUUUGCUGUAUCGCCCACUUAUUUUUGGUACUUAUUGGCCUUUGCUUAUUUAGUUUAUUACUUUUUGCCGUUACUAAAACAAAUCGCUCCUGCAAAUGUUACCGCGCCCCUCCAUCCCUACACAACACGACUCCCCUCUCCCCUUGGAAGCCUAUUCAAGGCUAAAAUUAUUAUAUACUGUUUACAAAGAUACUCUGUAAUACUGUCUUAAACUUCCUUUUCAGGAAGAUAUCAAGGGGCAUCCGUUUUUUCGAAACAUCGACUGGCAGUUGUUGUAUGACAAAAAAAUUGAGCCGCCCUAUAAUCCUAAUGUGGUAAGUUGGAUUCUGAAACCUCUAAGAGUUGAUAAUAUAUAUGGCAGUUGGGUGCACGCUUUAGUUGCCUUGACCCUUGUAGAGAGGUUUAAACAAGAGUCAAUGCGUAGACUUAGCAAAAAGUUUUUUCACCUGCUCUGGCGAAGACAUUUAGUAUAGACAAUUCCAAAACUCAGAGCAAAAAUUAAGAAAACGGAACGAAACGAAUACAAAACUGAUGAAGUCCGAGUGAGUUGGACCAAACAUUCGUUUCGUUUCCUUAGUUUUUGCUCUGAGCUUUGGAGUUUUCUUUAAAAAUGUAUGGACUGUCCGCCGGGACAAAAAUAGUGGUGGUUGUAGAAGGGUGGGCUUUGUGGAGAGGUAGCCGUUAGUGGAUGUUCGACUCUUGUGCAGCUUUGACUGAAAAACGUGGUUUUUUAACAAUUAUUCCUCGGGCCCGAAUGGGCUCUGAGUCAAGAGCCCAUGAGGCCGAAGGCCGAAUGGGUUAUUGACCGAGAGGCCAUGAGGGCGAGAGGAAUAAUUGUUUUAGUAAAAUCCAACUGGUUGGUCAAAAAUAUUGAGACAAAACAACUUUAGCUAGUUAAAGAAAGACUUUAAUCCUUUUUUGCCGCCAAAAACCUGGCGCGUUUUCGCUACUAGUGGGCUAUAACAUAUAGCCUAGUAGUAGGUCAACCAAUCACAACGCAGCAUUGAUAAUAGACCACUCGUUGGAUUUUACUAAAAACGGAUAUUCUUUUGCCCUCUGUUUUACCAAUAGACAGGCCAGCUGGACCUGAGACAUUUUGAUCCGGAGUUUGUUCGAGAACCAGUACCAGGUACGUUAUCUCCACAUACUAGCACUAUUCCUGCAAAACAUCAUCCCAAAAAUUAUGACGGUUAGUGCUUCCUGAUGAAAUUUAAUUGAUAUCUAUUUCAUAACUCUACCGGAGCGUUUUUUGUAUGGGUAAACGCAUUAAGCAAUGACUUUAGCACUUCAGCACAGAAUUGUCCUGAAACAUGCAGCCAUAUCAUCGUGAGAUGGCCCCUUUUAAGUCACAAAAAGGUUUUCAGGUUUUCCAUUCUUUCUCCAUGUGGACUGAUCAUGAAAACAACUUCAGAAAAAUGCAUUUAUGCUGCUAACUGUUUGCUUUUGGACUUGAUUACGACAGGAUCAGUGGGCAAAUCUGCUGACUCAACAUUCUUAAGUGCCAGCGUUGACGAUCCCGACGAUGCUUUCGUGGGUUUUACUUACGUGGCUCCAAUGGAGGAAGUGCUACACGAAUGAGAGGCUUCAGCGAGAGAUAAACAGAUAAAAAAAAGCGCUUCUGCUAGUUUGUGUGCUGUUUGAUGAAGUAAAGAUUUAUUUAGAGACUGAAAUAUUGCCUGUGCUGUUGAGUCACGGAGAUCACAGGACUUACUACACCCGCCACGAAGGUCGAGGGCACGAUGUUUGGAUUCCUUAGCACUCCUCUUUGGUUGACGGAGCUUUCACUGUCUUACAAUGACCGGUUGUUUCCUCUGGAUCGUCCUUUUUGCAAGCGAAACAGCUUCUUGGUAACUACGGAGAGAGUUUUCGCACAGUGUCCCAUAAAAUUAUCGCGAAACACUUCGAGUAUGCAAUGGGUAGCUGGCUGGUCGCGUGGUUUGGUGUGGCAUGCGCAUUGGGUGGUGUGUCAUAGUAUUUAAACGUUAUUACAGUAAAUCUAAGUUAACAAAGAAGUAAAACUAGUUUGGUCAGAUUUCCAAUUGUUGCGUAAGAUGAAAAGGCGCGAUUUUUUUCGAUGGGGAGUUUAACAUUCCAAACUUAAGAGUACACGGACACAUCUCUAUUACGAUAGUAGAUAAAACGAACAGUCCUUUCGAUCCAAAGAGGUUGCAUUUUGUACAAUCGCCAUGUUUAUUGUAUGGCCGGCCUCCCGAGCGGGCAAAAGAUGAAGCGAAUCCUGCGUUCUGAUUGGCUACCCGUGCGGGUACUCGGGAUUGCCCGUUUUGCUCUUGCGUAAAGAUAUUUUCUUUUGGUCUUAUAACACUGAAAUCCUUUAUUAACCAAGCUUGUUCGGUCAAGAUUUCUUGACCUCAAGCUUGGUCAAUAACGCGUAUAAUAGUAGACACCCCCAUUAGACCUGACCCUUUAGUGUCCGAUUUAUAGAGUUUUGACCGUAGCGUCUUUGGAUAAAACUACGGUUGUACCAUAACUUGAACAUGGAUAACUUGAACUUUCUCGACAAAACUUCCAGAAAGAGGCUUAGUUGAGGAAAGGCAGGCCAGAAGAAUCUUUAUCCUAAAACUUUUAUUUACUGGGCUCGAAACUUGGCAAAAGAGCCUAAAAUUACCUUUCUGAGAUCACUUAAGCUACACUACUCGUCGCAUUUGUUGAAACACGUGACGUUACACCCUCCCCAAUGUUGAUUCACGUAUCACCCAUUUGCAAAUAUAUGCGAAUCUCAACAUUGGGGAAGGAGAGAAGAGCUACACUCGGGGAAAAGUAAGAAGGCGUGAAAUGAAAAAUCCUCAUGCACUUUCAGUGUAGUGUUUCAACGAAGUUUGACAAGUAUUGUAGGUGUAGCAUACUUUUUCCGAAACGAACCAAAAUGAUUACGGAAUUAUGUCCUUGCAUCUCUGUUGCUGGCCAUGGUAACUACAAGUUGAAUUGAGUGAAAAAGGACGAGUCCAGACAUUCAAAUUGAUUGAAAAAGUAUCCUUUAGGUUUAAUUUAUUGGCACUUACAUGCUAGGGCUCUUCAAAUUUGUUCAUUAGAGAUUGUAAAAAGUUGUCCUUAUUUAUGUAUUAGCUUAUUAUUGUACUUGGGCACUUAGGUUUUAGGUAUAAAGACGUUGAAAUUAACAACGUCGAUUCAGUACUUCCAUUUACUUAAGGAAGACUUGAGGAGGGGGAAAAAUCCAAGUUUUUCCUCUUUCCUUAAUAUUUUAAAUUCAGAGAACUUUCGUCCAUGCUUCGCUACCUCUUUCCUAUUGUGCCGGUGUUUUGUGGAAAAUAUCCCAUGGUUAAAGCUUGAUCCAGCCUUUUCGUGAUGUCUUGCAAAUGCCGUUAGCUUAACUGUAAAACGGUUGGUAUUAAUCAUGAGCACGGUUUGGCUGAGUAGAAUCACCUGGUGCAGUCCUCUCUACUCUUGCGGUGACAGAUCGAGACCUUAUUGCUAAAGGGGGUUAGCUCCCGCUUUCUGGUCGACACGAAUUAUCUCAGUUGUUGAGCCAUAAGGGCCUCGGAACUGGUCCAAAAAUAGGGGAGCCCCCACCCCGUCCUCUCCCGGGGUCUGAGAUCCGCCACUGACGAAUUUUUCCAUGAACACGCACUCGUUGUCUUUCAUUUGCUUGGUUGGCUGACACACUUGAUUGAUUAGCUCUUCUAGUACACUUUUUACACUGAAAGGGUUUCCAUAGUACUUAACUAGCCUUCUUUUAGGCUAUGAGAGUGAAGUUUUAGUGAUCACGCUUUGAAUUUCGGUUUUUAUCUGUAUGUGUUAAUGUGCUUGAACGUAAAUAAAAAUUCCUUUAUCCGA